UUAGUCGCAGGUGCGUACGGUGCCACUGCGCUCGUGUGCGUGCCUUGUUCGUGCGUCCCCUAGACGGCAUACGUGUGGCGAGCGUGAUAUACCAAGUCCGCGGAGUGAUGUUGUCCACAGAGUUGCUGGCCCAGAUGCUCUGAGACGCGGAACUGACCUAGCAGACUGACCCAUACUUUUGGUCUCAGUCCUGUGUUAAAGAGCUGCGUGUAGUGGCUGCGGGAGUGACACAGCCGCUGCGGGAGUGACACAGCCGCUGUGGGAGCGACACAGCCGCUGUGGGCCCUCACCUCCCAAAAUUUCUCUGUCCUCACCUGCCUCAACAACACCUGCCAGUGAGGGCUCGCCUGCGCCGUGCUUCCUGCCGCGUCAAGUCUCACCAGAUGCUGAUCCCUGACAACGGCGGCCACCCCACAGCCUUCUCCGUGCCCUCCACCUCCGACGCCCCCAGCAGGCCGCCUGCCUUCAUGACAGCCCUGCCCCCUGCCCUCCCCUACUACGCCCCAGGCAGCCGCGACAUGUACAGCCCGGCGCGGCCGCUGGUGCUCCAGCCACAGUCCGCCGUCGUCUCGGCCGCAAGCGGAGGCGCGACGCCCAUGGAAGGUAUACGGUACCCGCCCCCGACCGCAGCCGCAGCCGCCGCCGCCGCCCGCCACUACGACCUGGCCCAACACGUCCUCUCCCAACACACAGCGGCCAUGGCCAAGCUCCUGGGAACAAUUCGGCCUCCUGGCAUGAUCGGGGGCUCGAAGCCGAAGGUGGCGACGCCGCAGGUGGUGAACAAGAUCGAGCAGUACAAGCGGGAGAACCCCACCAUCUUCGCCUGGGAGAUCAGGGAGAAGCUCAUCUCCGAGAGCGUCUGUACCAACUCCACCGCCCCCUCCGUGUCCUCCAUCAACAGGAUCCUCAGGAACCGAGCAGCAGAGCGAGCGGCUGCAGACUUCGCUCGGGCAGCUGGCUACGGCCUCUACAAUCCCUACGCCGCGGCAGGAGCCAUGCCCUGGUCCAAUCCCGCUGCAGCCGCCGCCGCCGCUGCUGCAGCUGCGUCUUCACCCAUCUGGGGCGGCGCCGGGGUGCCGCAUGCGGCCCUCCCUGCAGCUUAUACCUCGUCAGCGGCAGCGCAUGCCGCUCUGGGACUCCACCCCGUCCACGCUGAGAAACUGAACCUGUCGUUGACGGCGCACCAUCACCACGACCACAGACCAGAAGACGUGGAUUGUGGGGAAUCCCGCGGCGAGGGUUCCAGCAGUGACUGUGGGGAGGACAGACCGCCCACAGCCUCGUCAGGACCGCCCACGCCCGCCUCGCCUACCUCCUCCACGCCCACACCCACCAGUAAAAGCAAGAUUAGCUUUAGCGUUGAGUCCCGCCUUCUCGCUUCUCCGCCUCCCACCUCCUCUCACGGUCACACUAUCUCCAGCCCCGCCCACCCCACGCCCACUAACCCCGCCCACGGCACGCCCGCGCACGAAGUGGGGCCACUGGUUGCGCGGGCGGUUCCAGGGUGGCGCUACCCGCGCUACCAUCCCUGGCUUCACAACCUAACCCGGUAGAAGCACAGACGAUUCACCCGUCUUCGAUUCAGCUACAUUCAAGCUGCGACCAUCCUCGCCCCAGUGUCUUCUUGAUGCUCUCUACGACCAUCCUCGCCCCAGUGUCUUCUUGAUGCUCUCUACGACCAUCCUCGCCCCAGUGUCUUCUUGAUGCUCUCUACGACCAUCCUCGCCCCAGUGUCUUCUUGAUGCUCUCUACGACCAUCCUCACCCCAGUGUCUUCUUGAUGCUCUCUACGACCAUCCUCGCCCCAGUGUCUUCUUGAUGCUCUCUACGACCAUCCUCGCCCCAGUGUCUUCUUGAUGCUCUCUACGACCAUCCUCGCCCCAGUGUCUUCUUGAUGCUCUCUACGACCAUCCUCGCCCCAGUGUCUUCUUGAUGCUCUCUACGACCAUCCUCGCCCCAGUGUCUUCUUGAUGCUCUCUACGACCAUCCUCGCCCCAGUGUCUUCUUGAUGCUCUCUACGACCAUCCUCGCCCCAGUGUCUUCUUGAUGCUCUCUACGACCAUCCAGACUCAGGUGCCUUACAUCAGUGUUCCGCCCAUCUUCACGCAGCACUGCGUCAACACGUCACCCAUCUUCACCCCAGAGGCUUCCCUUCCUUACGCAGCCUCGCCCACCAUCUCGGCAGCAGCUAUUAUAAUGACCCUCGACCGCCUCCUUCACUUCGCCACAAGAGCCACGGUCGGGACACCGUUGCAGACGCCGCCGCCGUCGCCUCGUUACGGCGCCCCCGGAGGAGGCAUCAUUAUGACAAUCAUUCCGACGACUUCGAACGCAGCGCCAGCUUGGUCAGCGUGUGAGCCACUGGCGCCCUCAGCCGCCGCAAUGCCAAACAAAUCUUACAACUGCUAUGUACUUAUACUUGCAAGAGUUGCAGCCAGAUGGACAAUUAUAUUGUCUAAACAAAUCCUACAUCACAAACACCAUGUAAACAAAGGCCGCAUGUGGUAAACACAUCAUUAAACAACAUUUGCAAUUGUUGAUGUCGCAACAGUUGCAGUUAUGUUGCAUAUAUUCACAUACACUACUUGAAUAUACAUAACUUAUAAAAUAAAUUUUGUAUAUGUGCAAACAAAUUAAUUGGGUUUGUGCCAUUCCCUGGUCGUUUAUGUUGAGAUAAUUGACUGGAAAUUUGCAAACCAUCUGUUCCUAGAUAGUUGCAAAACUUUAUAUACAGUCGUUGUUGUUGUUAAAGAUUGGCUACCUGGAACAAAAUGCUCCAAGUAGCACGGGCUAUGGUGAGCCCGUAGUGGACUUAUAUGUAUACAUUCGCAUUGUAGUUUCAAUACAACUUCCAGUCAAUUACCUAGAAAUAUACGACCGGAGUGUACGACACACAACCAUUUGGUCAGUUUACAAGUUAAAUAUAAACAAGUUUAGGUAUUCAAGUUCUGUUUAUAUGUUUUAAAAGUUUUCCGUGUUUGCUGUGGCGAACAUUUUGAAUCCGCGAUGGUAACAGUUAUUGACUCGUCCGGCUCAGCAGGGAUGAAGUCGCCCGGAAAAUAAGUUCAUU